AUUUACCCCCCUGAAUGGGUUCCUGCAAGGCAUGAGGGAGUGGCGGCGCAAGCAGGGGCAGAGGGGAGAGGAGGCAACUGGAAGGUGGUUGAGGGGUGUAUCUGCAGGGGAGGGUGCAUCUCAAGGGGAUGGUGUAUCUGCGGGGGAGGGUGUAUCUGCGGGGGAGAGUGUGCCAGCUGCAGCUCUUUUUGCCCGUGUGGUUCAAGCAGACACAAGGACUAGGGCCAUAGCGCAGGACAUCACCACCACGCUCAUCAUUCGAGACGGUCACUACGGCUUUGACCCGUGCCGAGGGGAGCGCUGCAACUGGCAAAAUAUGCGAGUCGACUACAUCACGGCGAACGAGUCGGCCAUUCUCUUUCGUCCAGAGCUGAGGGGCCUGGCAGCCAACAUGUCGCAAUCCAUGAAUGCGGGGGACUACGAUGCCGUGAGAGUUAGGAGGGGAGACAAGCUCAACACUGACAUGUGGCCGCACGUGGCAAACGACACGAGCCCUCCCGC